GGAGGAUGUCAGCAUCACACGUUAGCGUGCCCUUCUGACACAAACUACGGGCUCACCUUGAUUUCGCCGAAUCGGGCCACUGGGGACUCCUCCACAAGUGCCCUCCCAGAUCGCAUCAUCUUCCCCAUGUUCGCUCGCUCCAGGACCGUCUAGACCAAGAUGAAAAUUUCCUGGGGAGCGCCCGGUCCCAAAGUGGAAUAAGCAAUCAACCAUUGAGAGGUUUGGCGACAUGUAUUCAGCGCCCGCUGUUACAGUUUGGGCGGAGAGUUGGGAAAAUACGGUAUCCAGCGAAAACCCAAGGUAUCAGUCACCCAUGCGGCUCUCUUGGAUUCCCAUUGCUCCUGCCUCUCCUUUGUCGAUUUCAUUUCUCCCGAUCCUCCCAAUUCGCUUUCUGCGUUUCAACACGUUCUCUCAUAUUCCGGAAAUCUGGAACACUGGCAGGGUGUGCCGCACUCGUCCAAAUUCCUUGUUUCCAGCUGGGCCUCACUUCCUGGUUCCACCCAUUUCAAGUUUCCUGCUCACUAGCGCAACGGAAGCUCCGUCUCAUCAUCACAGACAAGGCAGAAACAAGACGCAGAGAAAAAAAGUCGCAGGUUCGAUGCGAUCGCCGAGUCGUGGGUCCUGCCGCCGCUCUGCUUGGUUUCCAUCCAACUCAUUCGCUGUGAUCGACGGACCAGUUGUCCGGUUCCCUUAUCUUCGGCUCCAUCGCGAUCGGUUCUCACCGAGACCAAUCUCGAGGCACGCGGCGCAUCGCCUUGGACAGAGAGGACUGGCAAUUUAUUCUGGCCUGCUCAGGCUAUAGCUCAAACGGCCGGCCACCCAAUUGACAGCAAGAUGUACUUAUAGCGACGUCCAAUUUGAAAAUAUUCAUCACCUACGUCAUCCAUCGCUCACAGGAUACAACGUGCGCGCCUUGCUCAGCAGUGAGACGGCGGGCAGCCGUGACAGACCUCGAUUCGGGACUCGGGCCGAGAAGCAAGGCCGGUACUUUAGGGAGCUUGACCUG